GAGAGAGAGGGUGGGGGGGAGGGCUCAGCUGACGUCCUGACGCGUACAAUACACGUCACGCAGGAUCGCAGACGCAGUAAUCAUUAUUGAUGUCCCACGUGGAAACAGUGAAGGUAACCACAAUGACUACCACCCCCACCCCCCUCUCCAUCACCACCAGCACCACCACCACCGCCACCACCCAGAGAGAGAUGGAUGAAGUCAGCAUUGCCUCUGACUUCAGCAUUAUUCCAGAGAGCAUGGUCGAGAUAGAGGGAGCGGCAGGGGGGGGCCACUGUCCAACCCGCACUGUGUCGACUGGGAGUUUCCUUCACUCAGAGGAUCUCCAGCCCUCACUGUCCGCCCUGGAGACACACGCCAAGGUAAGCUUCUCGAACAUCCACCCAACGUACUGCAGUGACACAGACGUAGCAGUGACCUACAGUUUGACCCCUGCCGUGAUCCCGAGGUCGUCUGACAGAGUAGGCCUAUAUAGGGUAGGCUUCACCUCCCCCCAGGAGUACCUAAGCUACCAGUGGGCCCCAGCACCCCCCCAGGACCUCCAGCCUGGCCUUGCUCCCUCUCUAACUGUGGUUUUUAGAGCUCCCAGUUUGCCCAAAGAAAUUGAUGAAUUCUACCAGUUUUGCUACGUGACUCAUGAAGGGCAGAUAGCGGGGGUCAGCGCCCCCUUCCAGCUGGUAGGGGUGAGUGCGGCAAGCGAUGUGUGCGGUGUUGAGGAGGACGGCAUGGUGGUGGUGCGUUCUGGCGAGAGUGUUUUGCACCAGAGAAUUAAUGAGCUGGUGGUGAUGAAGGACAAGCUGGUGGGAGAGUGUGAGGUGGUGAGAGGAGAGAGAGAGGAGAUGAGUAAACAGCUGGAGGAGAAGACACAGCAGCUCAACAUGUGUCAACACCACCUGCAGGCCAUCGAAGUGAAGAUGAAGAGGGUGACGGCAGAGAAGUGUGAGCUGAUGGGCCGCGUGGGACAGGUGGUGGAGGACAAGGGCCAUCUGGAGGACCGCUUGAAGACACUGGACCGAUCCAUCACUGCCGAGAGGACCAGGGCGGACACGGCGGAGGCAAAGGUCAAGGAGUUGGAGGAGGCGACCUUGACCUCACGCAAAUCCCUGGAGAAGACCAUCCACUCCCUCAGGGCCACAGAAGACCAGCUCUCACUCACCAAGGAGGCUCUAAAGGCGACCAAGGCGGAGCUGCAGGAGGAGCAGGCGGGCCGGGAGAAGGCGGUCCAUGAGUUGGCCAUAUGGACGGACACUGCCCAGGCCGACCUUUCCGAGAAGAACUCACUCACUGCUAAGUUCAACAGUGUUAGUGCAGAGCUGACAGCCAAGAUGGAGGAGAUGGAGGCAACUCGUAGGAAAGUCUUCUCACUGGAGGAAAAACUGAAGGAGGCUCUGGAGGAACUGGAGGGGGUGAAGGGUGCGCAGGAGAGUGCAGAGACAAAGGUGGCAGCAUUGGAGAGGGAGAAAGCGGUGUUGACAGAGAGACAGGAGGCUCUGGGACUGGACAACACCAGGCUGCAGGCUGCCAACACCGCCCUCAAGGAACAUGUGUCUGCCUUGCAACACCAGCAGGAGAGGGAGAUGAAGGGCAGGGAGGCCGCUGAAACUAUAGCCAGCGAUCUGAGUGGGCGUCUUCAGGCAGCUCGGACAGAGUACACCACGCUGGCUGUCAUCAAUAAGAGACUCAUGCGGAAAUUGAAGAAGAUGAGGAGUAGGAUGGAGAGCACACCAGGAGGCAGCAACACCAAUAAAGCAGGGAAUGAUAGUGUUAUGACAACCUCAAUCACAACAACCUCGUCUUGGCUUCAAUUGGAGGAGGAGGAGGAGGUGGAGGAGGAGGGUGAGAGGGUGGAGGAGGAAGCCCCAUCUGUCCUCUCCCAGUCCUGCCUCUCACAGCCUCUCACAGCCUCCUGUUGUUCUCACAGCACGCAGCAACUUAGCGAGGUAGUGAAUAAGAAGAUGGAAGAUAUUGUGAAGGAACUUUCACAGCAAAUUCUGUCUUUGAAGUGCCAGCUGGAGGAGAAGGAGAGGAGGAGUGAGGAGAAGAAGGAAGAGGAAGAGGAGGAGGAGGAGGACACACCACAGCACGCCACAGGAACAGCCACAGAUUCUCCACCGCAAGUUCUGUAUUCAAAUUCCUUCUUGAAAACUGCGACCACAGCACCCGUCUUCCUGCCAGAGGGCCUCAACACCACAGCCGCAGCCACCACCACACCACACAGCACCACAAACACCACACACAGCACCACAGAAACCACCACCACCACCACAAACACCACACAGCGCGUCAACUACCACUACCAGAUCGCCACACCACCACAGCCUACCACAGCCGGAUUUCUACCACCACCACUGCUGCCUGAGACCACCAGCACAGCACGCCACGCUGCGGUGAUGGGUCAGUUUGCCACAGCGCCCACAGCACCACCACACGAUUCUGAUGAUGAUGAUUUUCACAGCACAGACAGUGAUUCAUCUCCUGCUGUGACGUUGACCUCUGCUGUGACCUCUGCUGCUGUGCUAGGCCCCCACCCCCCUCCUGUGACCUCCCAGCCACAGCCACUGCCUCAGAAUUUGCCACAGUUAAGCAGUGACAACAGCAUGGACCCCCCCUCCCACAGCACCCCGUCCCUCUCGGUGGUCCAGUGCCCCCUCUGCAGCCUUGUGUUCCCUCAGGAGUCGGCCAGACUGCUGGAGGAACAUGUCAACUCUCACCUGGAGCAUGUUUGUCCUGUAUGCUCCAAAGUGUUCCAGAGAAAUUGCCAGGAGAGGUUCCAAGCACAUGUCCAGGAGCAUUUCAAGGAGGAGGAGGAGGAGGAGGAGGAGAGGAGGCUGGAGGAGGAGGAUUCGUCAGGCCCCUGGGGGAGACACCUCAGGAACGCCCACCUGCUGGAGAUUGACUGAAGAGAGAGAGAGAGAGGGGCAAGGGAGGGGGAGAGAGAGAGAGAGAGAGAGAGAGUGGCGAGGGAGGGGAAAGAGAGAUAGAGAAUGAGAGAGAGGGUUGUUUUAAAGUGUGUGUGUGAGAGAGAGAGAGAGAGAGAGAGAGAGAGAGAGGGGUUGUAAAGGGCUGUGAUGAAUAAAGAGAAAGAGAGAGAGAGAGAAUUUAAUCUAUAUAUAUUCAAUAGACAUACAAAUUUAUAUACAAUAGCAAUAGUCUUGGUAGUAUUAGAGGCAUUUAUGAUGUGUGUGUGUGUGUGUGUGUGUGUAGAGGCACACACACACACACACACACACACACACACACACACACACACACACACACAAAAGAGGUCAGUAACGUAUAUUGUUAAGCACUGUAGCGAGAGAGAGAGAGAGAGAGAGAGAGAGAGAGAGAGAGAGAGAGAGAGAGAGAGAGAGAGAGAGAGAGAGAGAGAGAGUAGUUGUAUUCAUAGUAAAUAUUUGUAAUGGGUUUCUUCUUCUUCUUCUUCUUCUUCUUCUUCUUCUUCUUCUUUGUCUUCUUCUUCUUCUUCUUCUUCUUCUUCUUCUUCUUCUUCUUCUUCUUCUUCUUCUUCUUCUUCUUCUUCUUCUUCUUC